ACUGACACCACUCACAGCAACAGUCCAGCCUGCCGACAAAAGACACGCCCGUGUGAUUGCCGUCUUUUCCGAUCAUGCUCCCACCCUCGCGUCCGCCUCUACCUAUAGUACUAUACCUCUCGCCUCUUUCCCAUCCUCGGAUUAAGCCGGCAUGCUGCCGGGUCAAAUUGAUGACCAUCAUCCCGUUUACCACCACACUCUCUGCCCACUCGAAAAGAUAGCAACCGAAGCGAAACAUUCUUUGGAGAGAUGGAUGGAAGAAGGAAACAUCACCGCAACCCACCCAACAUGCCGGGGGUCAUCGUCGGACCCACAGGCUAGCAUACCAGGAUCGAGGACAUUGAUAUAUUCGGGUUCCUACCAUUUUAGCCGAGCGCACACUCUGCAGGCGGGGUGGAGGUCAAUCUGUUCCAAUUCAUGCCUCUCCUUCCAGGGGUACUUAUAUCAACAUCCACACAUACGCCCUCGAUUAGGUACUCGAUCGUUUUCCAGUGUCGAAUAUAUCGAUAUGCCCUGCUUUAUCUCGAUCGAGAUCACUCGCGAGGAUCAGCUUAGCACUACACCACACUACACUACACUACACGCAUGUCGAGCACACACUCCAGCAAGAUGCCACUUGAGAGAGUGGGAAUAGAGCCAGAGAGGUAGAAAGGAGUAGUGAUGUAGGUACCGGCCUGCCGAUCGAGCUGAAAAGCCUUCCGUCUCGUCUCGUCUCGUCUCGUCUCUCGGGCAGUAUUCAAGGAGGGCGUGUUGUGUAUCUUACACCCGUAUAUUGAUCUGCGCCGACACGACGGUGGUAUGUUUUUAAUAUAAUCUCACGCAGUGUUGGUUUUGUAGAAGGGCCAUUGAUGUGUGAGGUACCUCGCCUUCAGUAAGGAAAAAUAAUAUUAAUCCAAGAUACUACUUUCAUUGAGAACA